UAUUCAAAUUAAACAAAUUCUUAAAUUGACAACAUUUCUAACCAGUUUUUGUUUGUUUUUGUUUUUUGAUCCUUCUAUUUUAAUUUAUGUGUCUUAUUUUUUAAAAAAUCUUUUUCAAGGAGAAUUUUAGUACGCUUUACCCAUUUUUGAUUUAGGUCCAAGAGAUCUAAAAUCCAUCUUAUUAACUUUGUGGUAUGUCAAAUUAAGACAUGUAACAUAAUUAUUUUGAAGUUUACUACCUACUUAUAGUAUAUGAAAGGGGAUAUUAAGAUCUCAAAUUUUCUUAAUGGCCGAUCUAAAUUCCAUAAUAUUUUCUUUUAAAAGUUUUCUCAUAGUAAAAGAAUAAAGUCGUGAAGUAAACUAAAGGGUAGCGUUUGGCAUGAAGGAGAAUGUUUUUUUUUUUUCGAAAAAAUAAGUAGAAAAUAUUGUCCCAAAAACUUUUAGGUAUGAAACUUGUUUUUCCUCAGUACGGAAAUUAUUUUCUUCAUUUUAUAAAAAUUUGUUUUACUAGAGAAUUUUUUUUUUUAAAAAAAAUAUAUUUCCCAACAAAUACUCCUCAUGAGCUUACAAAAAAGUCAACUAAUGCAAACAAAAACAAAGUCAUCAAAUAAAAUAGAAAAAGAGAAGGAAAAUGAAACACAACGCGGAGAGAGAAGAUAGCAGCUUUAAAUUAUUUUAUCUCCUGCAUCAUUAUUUUAGCAACGCGGAGAGAGAAGCUAUGACAGCAGCUUUAAAUUAUUUUAUCUCUUGCAUCAUUAUUUUAGUUUUGGAAAGGAUAUUUUGGGCGCAAUUGUUAGAUGAGAAGAUGUUUUGGAGGGUGAUUUUAUACUAUUCUAUAUAGUUGAAGGGCAUUUUAUACCCACAGAUGACUGAAAUAGCAGUGAAUUCUUUGUUGGAGAAGUUGUUAGAGUUGGGCCGCGAAAAUACUGAGCUGAUUGUUGGUGUACAAGACGAUGUGAAUGAUCUAGUCGCGGAUCUUCAAAUACUCAAAGCUUUUCUAAAAGAUGCUUCGAAGAUCGAUGGAGACAAUCAAGGUUGGAAGCAGUCAUUGAAAGAGAUCAGAAGUGUGGUUUACAAAGCUGAUGACUCCGUCGACAAGUUCCUGGUUGAAGCUAAAGAGCACCAAGACACUCAUCCAGCUGCAAAAUGGAUUGAUGUUCCAUAUUGGAUCAACGUUAAGAAUGUUGCCAAGGAAAUUCAGGCCAUCAAGAAUAAAGUGAAAGAUCUUCAAGUCAAAUAUAAACCUCUUUUGGAGACGGACACUCAAUUGAGCACUCUAUCUAUGACAACUCCACAGCCCAUACAGAUAAAUUUGUCAGAUGAAGACGAUGUUGUUGGUUUGGAGGAGGAAGCAAACACAGUGAUUGAUAGGCUAAUUCAUGGAUCAGAAAAGCUAGAGGUGGUUCCAAUUGUCAGUAUAGCUGGCCUUGGUAAAUCAACACUUGCAAGAAAGGUUUAUAGAGAUUCAAGAAUUACUUUUGAAUUUGUCAGUUGCAUUUGGGUCAAUGUCUCUCGAUCAUAUAAUAAAACGAAAGUUUUGCUCAAUAUUCUUAAACAUUUGAGGAAACAACUUGACAUGAAUAAGAGCGAUGAGCAAAUGAUUAAAGAAAUUCGCACCUUCUUGGGGCAUGGAAGGAGGUGUUUAAUCGUCGUGGAUGAUGUAUGGAGCACGGACAUUAUAGAAUUUAUUAAACAUGUUUUCCCCAGCAACAAAAAAGGCCACAGAAUCAUGAUGACCAGUCGGUUUGAAGAGGUGGGUUCUUGUUUCAAUCAUGAUUGUCAUAAGCUAACCUUUCUAACUGAUGAAGAGAGUUGGUUCUUGCUCAAUCUGAAGGUUUUCGGUAAAAGAUAUUGCCCGUCUGAGCUUGAAGAAACAGGGCGUAACAUAGCUAAAAAAUGUAAUGGGCUACCACUUUCAGUAUUGGUAACUGCGGGAGUUCUAGCAGGUCGUACAACAAAAAGGGAAUGGCAGUUAGUUUAUGAAAACAUGGGAGAUUGUCUUAUAUAUAGUAAUGACCCAAGAACCUAUGUCGGGCUUAUAAAAAUGAGUUACGAUCUGCUGUCUUAUUACCAACAGGCGUGUUUCCUGUAUUGUGCUAGCUUUCCUCAAAGUUUUAAUAUCCCUGCUUGGAAAUUGAUCCAUUUGUGGAUCGCAGAAGGUUUCAUACCAAUUCAGAAGCAAUUUACCCUGGAGGAACAAGCAGAAGAAUGUCUGAAUGAUCUUACUAAGAAGAACUUACUGAUGGUAAUAGAGCAGUCAUUAGAUGGAAAGAUCAAGACAUGUCGUCUUAACGACAUGUUCUAUGAGUUUUGCGAGAAGGAAGCAAUUGAGGAAGACAUUGUCUGGGCGAUUAAAAACGCACCUGAUCAGGAGUCUUUGGAGACGAAAGAUUUAGGCACAUGUCGACGCCUUUGCAUUGAUUCUUCCACUUUGAGUAAUUUCCUCAAGGAACUUCGUAAGAAACCGCCUAUGGAGAAUGUCAAGUCUUUCUUUUGUUUUAGCUCAAAACCAAUUGACAACCAAACUCCAGACAUGAAUAAAUCCUUGCACAAGGGCUUUCCCCUGAUUAAAGUCCUCGAUGUUGAACCCAUAAGAUCUCUCUUCUCGAAGGAUUUUUAUCGGUUGUUGCAUUUGAAAUACAUUUCACUCUCAGGAGAAUUCAAGUCCCUUCCACUAAUGUUUGUCAAGUUCUGGAACUUAGAAACCCUUAUCAUCCACACUACCCAUAAAGUUCGUACUUUUGAGGUGAAAGCAGAUAUUUGGAGUAUGAUGCGUUUGAGGCAUCUACACGUUAACGUGCCCACCAAACUGCCUCCUUCUAGUGCUUCAAUAAGCAAAGAGCGGGAGUGCAACAUACACACACUCUCCGUGAUUGCUCCACAAAGUUGCACCAGUGAAGUGUUCACCAGGGCUCGUAAUCUCAGGAAGUUAGCUAUUCGAGGUCAAGUAUUUUCACUUUGCGAUAACAAUGCUAGUGGAUUGAGCGAACUUGAUAUGUUAAAGCGGUUGGAAAAGCUGAAGAUAGUGAAUGAUGAUCAAAAUUUGGAAAAGUUGAAGAUGGUGAAUGAUGAUCAAGAUUUGGAAAAGUCGAAGAUAGUGUAUGAUGAUCAAGAUGACAGUCAAGUUAUGACUCCUCCUGUGAUGGUAUUUAUGCUUCCCAAUACCCUGAGGAAGUUGACCUUGUAUAAUACCCGAUUGAAUUGGCGGGAUAUGACCAAAUUGGGGCCGCUCGAGUCCCUUGAAGUCCUUAAGUUGAGGGAGAAUGCUUUCAGUGGGGAGUUCUGGGAGCCAGAAAUUGGCAGCUUCGCUAGACUAGAAGUAUUGUGGAUUGAGAAGACAGACUUGCAAAUCUGGAAGGCUUCAAGUCACAACUUCCCCCGCCUUAAGCAGCUUGUUCUUAUAUUAUGUGAGGAACUUGAAGAAGUUCCACAAGGCCUGGCUGACAUACCCAAUCUCCAAGAGAUUCGACUGGAAUGUACGUACAAAGCAUUCAAAUCAGCAAGCAUUAUAGCCAAGAAGAAGCUGGAAGACCAUGCUAGCUCUAGCGUCUCCAGGUUCAGACUCUCAGUAUUUCCUCCCCACUUGGAUGCUGAUGAUUCUAGUUAAAACAACAGGCAGACGUCGUUAUGCUUCACUUUGGUUGUGAGCUAAUGUCCUCUUUGACAAGGUGUGCCAAGAAACUGUGUUUUUUUUCCUUCCAAAUAAAGUCUCUGAAUGGUUUUGGAGACAUUGUAUGUAGUUUAUUAUGACAUGUUUUUGAAUUGAAGUUUGAGACUGAGUAUUCUGUUUGUUUCCUUCAUUUAUCUUUGUAAGCAUUUAACUCUUCUAUUCUGGCUAUUUGCUUAAUUAUUGAUGUGCAUUCUUGUUGUA